AUGGCUGCCAUACGUUCGCAAAAGUUGACAGAAAAUAUGGAUAAAAAACUGGACUUUUUGUCGCCAAAGUUCGACCCUUUGAAGGCCCUAUAUGCGGAAAACCUGCAGCCUCCUGUGCCAAAAAUACACAUAUUCAAUAACCUCGCGGAAUAUGCUCAAGCCAUCAAGGAGGGCAAAAUAAAAUCAAGCGAAUCUUCGAAGUCAGCAAAAGGCAAGGCUUCGUUGCGGAAAACUGCCACAAGGACGAGAAAUUUGAAACCAGAAUACAAGCCAAAGGAGAAGGAGGAUUUGCAAGAAAGGCUUAAAUCCAUUGCCGAAUCCAACGCCUCGAGUAUGGCGAAAAGUAAGACUGGGAAAAAGGUGGAAGGGAGAGUGGGUGAGUCCAAGCUGCAGGAGUUUAUCAUGGCGGAGGAAGCCUUUAAAGCUGAACAGAUAAAGAAAAAGCGGAUGAAUGUAAUAGACAGGAUGGAAGGUAAAGUUUGCACUACGUAACAAAAUUCCUUCUAUGCCAUUACUGAAAAUAUUCUGAAAAAGAUUAUACCCCUCCGCACCCCGGCAGGCACAAAGCACAGGUCACAAGUCACAAGUUACAAGCGCAGAUCACUUCUCAAUUGAUAAAUAACUGAAAUAAGUGGUUACUCCUUAAGCUAAAACUUCAUUUCUGAAUGGAUUAGGGGCUAGGAGACACUUUUAGUGUUGUUUAUUUACUGUAGCGCUGUGACCUCUACUCUUACAUGCACUUGUGACCAGUGGCCUGAGACCUGCGUUUUAUACCCGUCGUUCCCACCCCCUCCCCCAUAAACAGCAUUAAUUUAAAUACAGGCCUUAUUUAAUCCCAGAGGGGUACUUGACCAAUAUUGUGUGGUUCCAGAAAAUAUCCAUACCACCCCCACGGAAGGGAUUUGCUGUAUGACCCCCCCUCUCCUCUGGAUUUUCCAAAAUCGGCCCCAAAAAUAUUUCCCCCCCCCCCCCCUGCCCUCCAGAAUUUCCAAAACUUUUGCACACCCCCUGGAAAUAUUGCUAUCUCCAAUUGAAGUGAACAAAGAAGUAGUUUUGUCCCCUAGGAUGCCAAAUUUUGUGAGUUUGAUGUAUUUCCUGUUCAAUUGUACAACAGAUAAGCGAAUUUCUUAUGCGAACUCCUUAUGCACCCAAGUCACAGACAAAUUUUGUGCGUUUCAUUUAAUUUCUGUUGAAUUCUACAAUUCUGCAAGCUUGCGUAGGAAACAUAACUGUACUUUUCUCGCACUGCGUCAAGAAGAAAGCAACACUUGAAGAAGUAUAAUUAAAGAGAUCAGGACCUCCUCGCGUGAUAAUACAGUGUGGGUAUCAAAUUUCAGUCUACCAAAUUUGCCUAUUUGAGUUUGCGGUAAAAUUGCGCUUCGCUGAUUUCAUUGAUAAGAAAAUUGUCAUGCAAAGUUUAACAUGCUGGAAAAGACUUGUGUAACUUCUUUGUGAUAGAGAAACAGUCAAGAGAAGAAGAAAUGCAGCCAAUUAAAAAAAAAUAUUUUUCGUGUUUUGUGUUCUCGACAUGCUAGGAAAAUGAAGUUUCAUUCCGCUGGCUCAUAAACUACAAAACCGUAAAAGAUAAAAAAUAUUAUUUUCGGGAAACUUGUUGAAAAAAAAAAACUUAAGUAUUGAAUAAAAAGUAAGUCAAUACUGUCGAUAAUCGAUUGAUAAAUAAACAUGAAAGUGAAGAUGACUACAAAGGAGCAGAGAUCCGUAACUAUUCAUAAAUGAUGCUUUUGUAAGCAAACUUCAAACUUCGUAACGUACGUGACCUGGAGAAUAACAGAUCGUUCGAAGCGAGUCUGGCUAGCAAUGAAAUGGUUUUGGGAUGGAAACUCAGCUAAAAUUUGUCUUUGAACAGAUAGCUUCAGUCGCUCAAACGGUCGACAAAUUCUUUUUCGAACGGAUAGCCCGAGCCAUUCGAACGAUGACAAUUUUUUCAAACAGAUAUCCCAAGCCGUUCGAAUGGAUGACAAUUUUUCCCAAACAGACAGCCCAAGCCAUUCGAACAGAUGACAAUUUUUCCCAAACAGAUACCCUGAGCCAUUCAAACAGAUACCAAAUCCAUUCAAAAACGGCAAACCGUAAGGAAUGUUUUCACAUGAGAGGUCACGCCAAGGGACUGACAAAAUAUGUUCACUAUGUCCAUUAAUCCCUAGGUUUAGUAGCUCUUUAACUUUCGUCGUGUUUUAUAAUAUUGUCGUGGUUAAUUUUUGUGUUUUUUCUUUGUUACUCUCUUACGCGUCACGAGAAUCCUCUGGAAAUAUUUCCCUAUGGUAACUCCCCCCCCCUCCCCACUGGAAAAUUAGGCAAAUUGACCCCCCCUCCCCCCUGGAAAAUCCGAUCCCUUUCAUGGGGGUGAGAGGCUUGACUGAGGGUGCAGAGGCUUGACUGAAAUAAACUCCUGCUAUUCCAGAGUCUUUCUAAUGAGGACAUUAACUUGAGGUCGCUACAGUGUCUGCUAUAAAGGGAGUUGACUGUAACUUGAUUUAACUUGAUUUAGGGUACUGUAAACUGCUGCUUAUAAGUGCUCCCCCUCCCCCAGUUAUAGGCCCAUCUGCCUGCAAACAAAAAAAUACAUCCAAUCAUAAGCCCCCUUCUAGCUCUGAUUAUAAUCCUCCCUCUGAAUUCAAUUGAUUGUGACAUUUUGAAGCUUAUUGAAAAACCAGGAAUUGCAAAAUAGAUUUUGAGCACCACUGCUAUACAUGUAGCUUGUUUCGAAGUGUUUAUUCUAUUCCAGUUAUGACCCCCUCAGAUGUAAGUCCCUUUGUUUAUAAGCCCACCUAAAACCCCUUACAAAGAUCACUCAUAAGGUCAGGGCUUAUAAGCCGCAGUUUAAAGUAACUUGAAAUUCAGCUGGUCCCCUCAACAGGGAGCUCUGCCCAAGGCAGUUUUGAGCUUGUCUAGUUUGCUUUUUUACGUAAGGAUGACUUGCUAGGGCCUUGCACAUUGGGCAAGUGAUGUGCACGAGAUGCUACUUAUUUAGGGGGACAUCUAGAUAUCCAGAACAACCAGAUGGGCUUUUUUUUAAUCUUCCAUUAGGACCUGCAAAACGAGAGCAGGACUACAUGAACCAGAGGUGACUGUGUUUAAAAAGGCCAGUUUAACAGCACAGUGGAAGUCUGUAAAUAAAACUACCCUUUAAUAGGGCAUGAAAUCCUGAUCCUAUUUAUGAAGUGGUCCUGUUUACAAGGUUUCCAGAAAAGAAAAUGACUGAGCAUUUUUUAGGAGUUGAAGUAAAUAAUGUAUUUUUUUUUCUGCAUACACAGCAUGUACUGAAGGACCAUUUAGCAUACUGCACACAUGUCUCACCAAGAGGCUGAGAGUCAAGGUUUGGACCAGAAGAUACAAAGGACUCCGUGGUGUUUUAGCUGGAUACCUUGUUGCUUUUGAUAAGCAUAUGAACCUGGUAAGUGUAUGCCUACACUGUAGACUGAGUACAGCUGUUUAAUCAGUCCCCUGGCCUUUGAAUGGAAGUGACACUGGAGGUUCCCCAGAAGGGGGGAGCAGAAGGGGGGAGUACGGCCAUAUAUGGGCUAUAUGUGAAGGGUGUGGUUUUCAAGCAGUUUAGUCUGAAAUAUGGUAUAGAAAUCAGCAAGUUUGGGUGUUGAUGGUUUUCAUUUUCCAGGAAAUGGAUCAAUAAAUAGCAACUCUAGAAUGGAAGGGAUUUUAGGAUAGCAAUGUUGGGCUGAACUACACUCUGAAGGCCUGGUAUGGGCUAAGGGUUCAUCCCAGGGGCACAUUCCCACCCAAAAAUUCCUUUAAGCUUCAAGAGUGACCAACAUUAAUUUACUCCCAACAAUAUCAAUACAUGAUUAAAAGAAAAGUUUGUGAGAAUAAAUAAAAUGAUCACCUAAAGGAAAAUGCUUUGAUCUUUGAACAAAUCCUUUCAACUAAUCCUGUAAGGAAAUGUAUGGAGAUCAAUUUGGAGAAUUUGUUUGUGGAUAUUGGGGCUUAAAGGGUUAAGUACCACCGCAGAGUGGUGACUUUGUUUGUUUGCAAACCUUUCUGAUUUUCAAUUUUCCAGCGUUAGGUCAUGGGCUUAUUAGCAUGUCAAUAAAGCGGUUUGCACAUGAAAAUCAUAAGGGUAAAUGUAAUAAAACCUGUUCACCUCUAGCCUCACUUCUAUUCAAAGGCCCGGGCACUAAGCAGACCGCUCUGAAAUGGCCAAUUAUAGUAUUAUUUUUGGGACUAGCAAAUUAGUAGUAAUAAUAAUAAUAUUUAAUAUUUAUAUAGCGCAAAAUAACAUACAGGAGGAUAUGAUCAAAUGCACUUUACAUAGUAAAAUUGAAUCCAAAAUUACUAUGUGACCUAUUUACAAUUUUGAAUUUACAAUAAAGUGCGAAGAUGUAUACUAUAUGAAGCACUAAAAAGAAAUUAUAAAUUAAACGCUUCUCUAAAAUAGUGAGUUUUAAGCAAUGACUUAAAGGCGUUAAAAUUUUGCUGUGACUGUAAAUGAUUGUGGGAGACUGUUCCAAACCUUGGCGGAUGCAUUGGAAAAGGCUCGAUCGCCAAGCGUUUUUUUCGAUCGUCGUGAAUGGUCUUCCAACUGGAUACUGGUGCUCGAGCGGAGGUUGUAUGUCGAAGUCUUCUUGAUGGCGACCAUGCUUUUAAGAUAAUUGGGGGUGUGUCCAUGAAUGCACUUGAAACAGAGCAUAGCAAUCUUGAAAUUGAUUCUAAACUUAAUCGGCAGCCAGUGAAGACGUAUAAAUGACGAUGUGACGUGUUCUUGUCUUGGCAAUGAGCACACCAAUCGGACUGCCGCGUUUUGCACCCGUUGGAGCUUGCUAAGGUUCGUAGCGGCAACACCAUACAAUAGGCUAUUGCAAUAGUCUAUUCUCGACUUCACUAUUGUCUGAACAAUCGAGUUUCUAUCUUCAAAGCUAAGAAAUCUUUUAGUGCGCCCAAUAUUAUGCAGAUGGUAAAGUCCCGAUUUGACAAGUCUUGUUGAUGGCGGUUUUCAUGCUCAGAUAGUUGUCGAACCACGUCUCUAGGUUCCGAACGUUGCAUACUGUAGACACUUUUGCGUGAUCAAUACUGAGCUCUGAUAUGCUUCUCUUGUCCAGCUGCGCGUGGGUUCCAAUUACAGUAAAUUCCGUUUUGUCGUCAUUUAGCUUAAGUUUGUCAGCCGUCAUCCAAGGCUUGAUGUCUAGAACGCAAUCUUGUAAUGCAGUUACCGCUUCCAAUUCACUCGCACUGGAACCAGGCUUAAAUGGGAUUUAUAACUGGUUAUCGUCUCCGUAUACAAGAACAUCUGGGAGGUGGCGCUUCACUACCUCAAAUUGCUUGCUAGCAUAAAUUGUAGAAAAGCAGCGGCCCCAGACACGAUCCUUGCAGUACACCAUGCGGUAGAGAGAAUUCCUCUGAGAAGCUCCCAUUAAGUAAUACACCCUGCGAUCUACCAGCUAGGUAGGAUCUGAACCAUUGAAGUGCAGUAUCUGCAAUGCCAAAAGUUAUUCUGCUUAGUGCUGCAUUUACUAGAAGGGUUUGAGGAGGUUAGGAAAAGGCCACUGGGCCAUAAAACAAACAGAAAAGUAGCUACUAAAGACAAAAACUAGCAUAGCCAAGUGGUUAGGAUGCCUGCCUUUUCAUCAAAUAAACCUAUUUGCUAUUUUUUGGGGUAAAAUCCAUUCUCAGGUUUAACAGGUGUUCUACUUAGUUUGAUCCAGAAUUACCCUUGUUUCUUAGACCUAAUUAUUUUUUGGAAACUUUGAGCAUUCUGGUUGAACCCUUUAACGACUUCUUUAGUCGUUUUUCUUCCAUAUCAAAUGAUGCAUAUUUUCCUGCCUGGAACCUUUUAGCUUUCAGUUUAAGUUAAUAAAAUUGGUAAUCACGGACGUCGGAACAGAUAGAUCUUUCCAGCGAUACCUCGUUUUGGAUAUUCUGACCAAUCCUGACAGAGUUACACUCACAAAAAAGAUAACAUUUUUGGGAAAAAUCCACCGCCAAUUUCGCUGUUUACAUACUACUCUUUGAAUAUUAAAUUUGUCCCUUUCCUAAAAAGUAAGCCAGCCACAAUUCCAUGCAAAAGAAAGACGAUAAAGUAGGCAACAAAACUGCUAAUAAAGAAGAAAGGCAAAGGAAAAAACAGAGAGCAAGAGAGAAGUCCAAAUUUUGGCUUUUGCACAUGUGUGAAAAACAAAAAAGCUGUUUAAUUACAUCAGAUUGGUCGGAAAAUAUGCCUCUUUUCUUACAAAACUCGUUUUUAGCCACUCUUAUGCUAAUUAGUCGAAAACUAGUCCAUAGAAGAAGAUUUGGUGAAAAAUGCGGGGUUUUUUUUGGUACUUGCCAGCCGUCACCAAAGGAUUAACCUAAGAAAAUAAUUGUUUUGCCAUUACAUCAACAGCUAUACUUAAAAAUAACCACCUGCAACUGACUUGCUUCCUGUCUUUUAAGGUUACCCCUUCCCCGUCUAUGGGAAAAUACAUUUACGUGUAGUGCUGUAGCGGAAUUAAUUUAAGGUGUGAUCACCACAGCCUGUGAACUUUGUCACCUCAAUUUGGACAGUUAAAAACCUUUUAUUGCAAUGUAACAUAAUGAUGCAAUCUCUAGCAGUGACACCCUACAGUGUCUAUCUUUCGUGCUAUAUGGGAUUGUGUUGAGGUGUCCAUAAGGAGAGUUUUAGAGUGCAAAACAGUCAAGUAUUAAAGGUACAGUGUGUACAUCGGUUUGUAUAUUGGUCACGUUGAUGAGGAUACUCUAUGGCCCAAUGAUGAUGAUGCUACGAAACAGGAUUUGAGAUCUUUCAGAACUGUACAUGAAAAAAUGGAGUUUUGUACACAUCGUAAGUCAGUUUUUAAUUAACCUGGUAAUUUGCAUAACAAUCAUGGGUCAGCGGUCUUGUUGAAGACCUUCCGGCACUCCAAUCUGCUGUGAUCUGCCGCCCCUUUCCCAGUCCUUCACGCGGCAUUUUUUUAUUUGUUAUUCGCCUUUGGUCCCAGGUUAUUUUAAUUACAGUCGACAGCCUAUGGACUGAGGCAUGUGUUCCCUGAAUAGAGGUUUCGCUGAGGUUUGUGAAUGAUUAACCAACAAAGAAAAUAUUAUUUUUCAUACUGCCUGGGAUAUGCUUCAGCCAUUACUUCAGAUAUCUAGAUAAUGUAUUAAAAAAUCAUGACUAUCUAUUGUGUUUUGAAUUCUCACAAGUUCGAACAUAAAAAGUAACAAACACCUCCAUCAAAACUACUGUUUAUCAUCCUGUUUUGUCGAAUAAUUUCACAGCCAGGGAAUGAUAUAAACGUCGCUGUCUUUUACCAAGUCAUUGAGUCUUGUCAUGUUGGUCAAUAAAACAUCAACAGGGCAGUCUGCAAGCCGAAAUCUCAUCUCACCAAAAUGGGCAUCGUGGACGAGGUGUCCACGGUCGCCCUCUCCCCCUCUCCAGAAAACUAUGCGUAAUAACAAGGUGUACGUGUUAAGCGGGUAUCUCAGUAUAUAGCAGGGCUCGACUGUUCUUAGCUGUACCUUAGUUAUGCUGGGAAUAAAAAGACUAUUUGAAUCUUGACUAGGAACACAAGUGCUCGUUAUAUAAUUUGUUGUCGUAGUUGUAACAAAGGAACAUGUUUUGUCUUGUUUUCUUAGGCUCUAUUCGAUGUCGAUGAAGUGUAUACAUUAGAAGAACGAAUUGAACAACCCCAAGCUAAUAAAGAAACACAAGGAACGGGAAAGAAGAAAAAGAAGAAAAGGAAAAAGGUCAACUGUCAAAAUGAAAAUAAACCUCCUCACGAAGAACAAAACGAUGCGAUAAAUCACCAAAAUAGUAAGUUGACAUCAUUUUAUGAAGUGGGUCGUUCGUCAACACAAGUGACAGGUUGUGAAUGGAAAACAGCUGGUAUGGUUGUAGAGGGGAGUGUAAAAUGCGAAUCACUAGCUGUUCAGCCUAUCAUUGAUGCUCAAACAGGCAAGGGGACUAUAGCUCCAUAUAAGGACUCUUCCGUUUUAGAUUUUUACACACUCGGGGAUCAUAGCCAGCAGGACAUUUCCAUGGAUACACCCGAUGAAGAUUCUUUGACACCCUCUGCAGAAGCUCUAAGCGCCGCUUUGCAUGCUUCUGCUUUAUCGUUGGAUGAUGACGGCCGCUUUCUUCUUACAGUUGAUCAAACUGAUGAAUUCUCCUCUGAAAAAUGCGGAAAUAAUUUGAGUCAAAAACCAAGCAUUGAGUUGUUAGAGAAGAACGAAUCGGCCUCUACAGUUACAGAACUCAAAUUAAAACUGUCAGUGUGUGCGACAGAUUGUAGUAGUGAAGGUUCCGGUGAUUAUAAUCCUUCGUCAUCAGCCUCCAACACUGGCGUAGUCGACAGUAAAGAUACAACGGGGUCUCAAUUGAGUAAGCUUUGUAAAGACAAAAAUAAGCAGCUAUCUGAUAGCAACGACAGAGAAAUGGAUUCUCGGGGUGAAAAGAAUAUUGAUAAAACAGAUUUGGAUCCUUUCCCAUCAAAUAUUGUGAAUUUAGAUGUUAGUUUUGUUGGCGUUGAUGAAAUUUUGCCAAGCACAACCGAAGGCAGUAGUCACUCGGUAGUCACAGAUGGAAAGGAGAAUGAAUGUUAUGACAGGUUACAAGAAAACAGUUGCAGAAUAAAUAUGGAGAACAACUGCGAUGAUGUCACUGUAGGUGACCGGCUGUUGGUAAAAGACGAGAAGGAUAUAGUCAUGAAUGAGCAAAAACAAGAGUUUACUAAAAUGGAACACAACGACCAGUUAUAUAAUUUAAUACGAGAGGAUUGCUCGAAAGAAAACCGGGAGAUUGCACAGAACACUGAGAGCUCAUCAAAUAGUGGAACGACAUUGCAGACCGUGUCGAUUUUCUCCGAAAGUAAAUCGGUUAUGACCAAGGAAAGCGAAAAAGAAGUGGAAAAAUGUGAUUUUAUAGAAGAUGGACUCUUACCAGACAAAAGUGACUCAACUGAACAAAUUGCAUUAGUUGGUAGUGGGAAGGAAAAGUCUGAAGAUGCAGCACCCAAGGGAGGUAAAGAAGGGUAUUUAGAACAUAGUACCAUAAGAGAAGAAAGGCCAUCCACGCAGGGAUUUAAACUGCAUUCUGUCACUGUUCCUUGUUCAGCACUAAAUGAAACACAGCAAGUGGAGCGCAAAUCUGUGGAGAGCAAUAUAGAAGUUGUUCAAAACGAGGAUCAAACACGAAAUGUCAGAUUUAACGCGCUAUUACUGGGUGGAGCGUGCGAUGAAGAGAAAAGCUUAAGUAAUUUGCAUGAAGUGACCCUAAGGUUCACCGUGGACUCUGAUACUUGUGAGGAUACCCAGAGACCAUUGGAACUCCUCUGCACAGACAAGAAAACUGAUUCAUCGUGUGGAGCACUCACUUUUAGUGGCGAAAACCCUCCUUUUCGCAAUGAAGAGGGAGUUGUUUCUUCUCUGAUUUGUGUAGAUGGGACUUCUGAGAUUGAGGGGAAAUCCACUCUUGAUCGAGCUGCAGCAAGGACCUCUGUCGCUUCCGACCAAUCAAAAAACUCGCCUAACGAAGCUCUGAAAAUACCCAUGACUGUUACUAACAACGUGGAUAUGCGAGAUGAAGAAAAUAGGCUGUUUGAUUUCGAAGCUCCAGAAGUCGUAAGUUAUGUUCCUGACGAAAAUGAGAUUAACCUUGAAAGGCAGCACAAGGAGGCUGAGGCGGUACUUAUUGAUGUGGAAAGUGCUGCGCUAAUGAGCAAUUCAGAUGAAAAUCUUUCUCAAGGUGGAAGCUUGCGUUCAGGUGUGAAUUGUUUGGUGAGUAACAGUGAGGGUCUGUAUCUUGGUAGCAGUGAUUGUGACCAAACAACUGUAGAAAACAGUUCGGGCGUCUGCAUAAUUGAACCAUGUAGAAAAGUAGACGAAUCACCUGACGAUCGUAAGUCAGAGAUGCUGCAACCUGCACAAAGUGAACCAUGUUGUGGAGAUGUAAAAGUUGCUACUCUCUAUUCAGAUACAAUUGAAGCCUCCGAUAUGUCAGUUAAUUUAGGUAUGACCCAGGAAAGGAAUUCGCUCAGAACUAAGGCCUUUGACGCCUCGUGGGAUAGAGACAGUGUCACCGUGUCUCCUGAAGGCUCUAUGGAGUCAGCUUUUAAAGUUCCAGGCAAGGAAAAUAACGCGAAGAACGAACCGUUUAGUGAAUUGUUUAAGAACCACGCAAACUCGUCAGAAAUGAAAACUGAAGACGAUUACCCGUCUGUCAGAGGAACAUGUGGGGAUUGUCGUAAGGUAACAGUCACGGAGGACACCAAAUUGCAAAAUGAUGAGCGGCUGCAAAAUACAGUUUUUGAGAACAAAGAUAAUGCUAGUGAAGUUGAAAAAGAAGAAGGCGAAGUUGGCUCCCAUGAAGUGGACAUGUUAGAGGCUAAAUCACGUGAAACAGAAGAGGAGAAAACGUUAGACGCUCAAAAAACGCGAAGUGAGGACAAUGUAGAGACGCCAAAGGCUAAAAGUAAGGAGACGUUAGAGACUGAAAAGCUCAAAGAGGAGGAAAAGGAAGAGGGUGAACUGUCUUCUUCUGAUUCAGAUGCCGAGGUUUUUGUAAAAAUAGCAGACGCACAGAAAGGUGGUCCAAGCACUUCCAAAAGUAAACUGUUCGACGACAGAACGGUUGCAUUGGCGGUAGACAAACAGCUUCACCCUGCCAGGCGACAUUCUUCGGGUGAGGGGCAUCACACAUUAACCAUGGAAAGAUCACGGUUAUUAGCAAGUUUAGGCGGCAAGAGAAGAGGCUCUUCAUCCGCCAUUGCAAACGCUGAUCUCCGAACAAGGUUGAGUGAAAUUCGGAGUCAGCGGACUAGCUGUGGAAAUGCUAAGAGCGGAGCUCCUCGUUUUGAAGAAUCUGAGAAGGAGUGUGGCGGUACGGAAAAGCGUUCGAAAAAGGUAAAGGAAAAGGUUCCACAUCGCGGAAAGAAUGGGAAAAGUAAAGUUAAAGGUGGGCGUAACGUAGAUGUUAAGGACAGUAGACUUAAGACGAGAGAGGCACAAAAUAAUUCUACCAAGACAGGGAGCGUUAAAGAAGACAACCAUUUGGGCGGUCUGCCUAAGAAAGAGCAGUUAAGGCAAACACCACAGUCGUCAAAGAAAGCCCCCCAAAACUCCCAGGGAUCUUCACCGUGUAAUACAAAUAGUAAGACGGAGAACACUGGAGGAAACAAGGCAGACUUUCACCCCGAUAACGUCCAAAGAACUGCUGCGGAAUCAGACGGAAAGAAUCGUUUGAAAAUAUCGCAGCCGGAGUCGCGUCGAAAGACCAAGGGAUCGCGAAAAACCUCAACACGCAGCGAAGACUCUGCAGCGGUUGUAACGAAAGACGCUAAGAAAGACAGUACUGGACGACAUACGCCUAAAAGUCACCCCGAUAUGGCUAAGAAAUCGACUAGCAAGAAUGCCUUGAAAACAACACAGCCAGAGUCAUGUCCAAAGACAUUAAACGCUGAAAGUAAUUCGUCUGAUACCAAGAAAACUGGUUUGAAAGGUAAAACAGGAGGAAGGACACUUCGUAGUAGUGGAACACCUAAAUCCGCAAGUGGUUCUUCUGUUGAGAGACCUUCAAAACGUCAUUCUAUGAACAAGGCUACUCUAAAAGAUCAACCCACAUUGGUCGGGCAUCCCUUGUCAACUGGUAAAGGAACUCUCAAGGGAUGCAGGCAGGUUGAUAGCUCCUGUGGUAGACAAACUACAAGUGAAUCUAAGAAGCUCUCUAACGUGAAAGGGGGAAAAAGGUUAGCUGCAACUGAUGGUAAUGUUAGUAAAGUUGAAUACAAUGAAAAAGGCGAACUUCAAUCAGUGAACGUUCCUUCACGAACUGUACCAAGAAAAGUUUCAAAUAAACGUCUCGUCAAUGUCACUUCCAAGGUGAAAGUCAAUCCUGAACGUGGGACGGAAAUUCGACCUCAGAACCCCAGAAAACGUCGCAGAUCUGUAGACAGUACAGAAAUAAAGCAUGGAAAGAAAAUAAGAAUCGAUGAAGUGAAAGACUCACUGCCUAAACCGUCAACAGUGUCUUCCACACAUAAGCUACCCAAAGAUUCGAAGAGAAUACCCGAUUAUACCAGUAACAGCAUAAAUGUACCGUCCUGCGGUGACAUCAAUGUUGAAGGAAGUAGGAAAGUCCCUGCUAAUAUUGAAAACUUCAAACAAACAGUUAAACCCAAGCGUGAUGGUGAUUCCAAGGCUGAUGAUGAUAUUCAAGCAAAGACGAUUUCCAUUGGUCAUAAUAAGUGUUUGGUGUUCAAGCGUCGUCAUGUGAACCAGUUGUUUGUCAGGGGGGACAACGUUGUCAUGGUAGCGUAUGCCAAGUAA